CUCCCUAUCCACAUCAUCAGAUCGUCACUGCCAGCCAGGACCAGGUCCCUUUGCCGUUGUCCUCCUCUUGUCGCGCAAAACAAACUCCGAUUCCACAUCAUUCGCCAACUCAUCCGUUGUUUGCCCUCCAAUUCGGAGUCCCGUCCGUCGUCAGGUCCGAGGAGGAAAACGGCCCGGCCGCCCGCCAAACGCAUAUCGUCGAAACCGUUCGUACAAUUUCCGAACGCCUGACCUUUGAUGUGUGACAAUGUGCAACUCCGCCGUAGAAACUUGAUAAAGAAGCAAAUUGUCCCAUGCAAGCAGCUCAUUCGACCUACCACUGCAUAGGGAGCUGAGCUGACUUAAGAAUACGGAUCUCACCGAAUUGCUUUUUCCCAUCCUCGAGCUGUGUGACGAGCUGUUUGCGUUAAACACCCACCCCACGGACGUGCCAUCUGUAUUCUUCUGGAUAUUCUCUCAAAAAUGCCUACCUGGCUGGUUCACGGCUUUCGAUGGCCCCGCACGCAAAUUCGCAUUCAUACCAUACUCCAGAAUCUCGACGAUGUAGCUCCCGAGUGGCUCAUGGCGCCGGCGACCUCGGCCUGCAUGCUGGAAAACUUCAAGAAGGAGUACCCGAACGAGAUGGAACAGAUGCCUGAUCUCCGUUUCAUCGAGCAAUAUGACCCCGAAGAUCUCACUGUCAAGGACCAGCCGUACGCAUAUGUUUGCGACAAGGUGCGCGAAGUCAAGCUGGGUGCGGACCUGGAUGAGGUGCAAAGCGAUGGUUUGAAAUAUGGCCAACAGGCGCCAAUCACAGAGCUGAGAGACAAGGUUGCGCCGGGUGAGAAGCUGGGCUGGUUUGUCGUUGUUAAUGGAGAUGUGGAGAGAUGGGCACCACCGCUGGACGACGAUGAGGAAGACUACGAGGAUGAAGAAUACGAACAAGAAGUACAAGAAGUACAAGAAGUAGAAGAUGUGGAAGAUGAGAGCGCAGAAACAAACACCAUCACCGCUUCGAGUCCACGUAGUAGUGCUGCGAGCUCCUUUCCCACACGACCGCCCGAGCAGGAGAGGCCGUCCACGAGCAAGAGCUUCAAAAACUGGUUUGGAGGAAAGGUCAAGAAAGCGCGAAGUCUGAGAGACCUAAAGGCCGAACUGGUGCGAAACGAGCCGCCUCCACCGCUGCCGCCCAUUUCGCCUAGUGCUGCGCUUCAGCCUCCGAAGUCAUCAAAUGGAAAGAGGCCUGGGCAGUCGGAGAGCAAGAGUAUGAGUUUUAGGACGAGGUGGUUGUCCUCCGAGAAGAAUCCGGUGAGCACAUGAGGCUGCUGAGAGUUUGUGCGAUUAGCUGUUUGAGGUAUUUUGGGGAUUUUCAUGGGGCUCAACAGGCGUUUGGUAUUGGGACACUCAGGUAUGAGUAAGGAUAUGCUGGAGUCUCGCAGAGAGAUAUGUAUAUUAAGUUGAAGAGUACGCAGUGUAUGCUUCUAUCGUACUAGUUGCACAGUACGAUGUGAUUGUCCUUGUUACAUAGUAGACUGGCGACUCGAGUAAGCCUAUUGGUAGUUUAAUUUAUUCACCUAGUUUUG